CCGUGCCGCGCCGCCUCGUCCGCCGCCGACCCCGGCCCCUCCCGUCCCGCCGCGAGCCCCCGGCCUCGCCCCGCGCCGCCAUGCCCAGCAGCGAGGCGGUGCCGCUGGGGCUGGGCGCCUGCCGCAGGUCGGGGGCGCUGGCUGGGAUGCUGGCGCUCGUGGCGCGGGUGCUGGAGUGGCUGCGCUCGCUGUUCUGGAAGGAGGAGAUGGAGCUCACGCUGGUGGGGCUGCAGUACUCGGGGAAGACCACGCUGCUCACCGUGUUGGCGUCAGGGCAGUUCACAGAAGAUAUGAUUCCUACAGUAGGCUUCAAUAUGAGGAAAAUAACAAAAGGAAACGUUACCAUAAAGGUAUGGGACAUUGGAGGGCAGCCAAGAUUUCGAAGCAUGUGGGAGCGUUAUUGCAGGGGAGUCAAUGCAGUUGUUUACAUGGUGGAUGCAGCAGACUUGGAAAAGGUAGAAGCUUCAAAGAAUGAGCUGCACAGUUUGAUAGAUAAACCGCAAUUGCAUGGAAUUCCAGUGUUAGUCCUUGGAAAUAAAAGAGAUCUCCCAGGUGCACUGGAUGAAAAGCAGUUAAUUGAGAAAUUAAACCUUUCAGCUAUUCAAGACAGAGAAAUCUGUUGCUAUUCUAUUUCCUGUAAAGAGAAGGAUAACAUCGACAUAACGUUGCAGUGGCUUAUUCAGCACUCCAAAUCAAGACACUGUUGAAGAAAACAUGCUGAAGAUAACUCUUCUUUCCCAGUCACUUUGACUCCUAUCAGCUAUAUACAACUGAAAAGAUAAAAGAAUGCACCUGCAUACUACCAGGACUCACUUUGAUCAUAUUUGUUAAUGGAAAUAAAACUAAACUAUAGCUUGUCUCUCCAUUUUGGUUCUGUUUUUUUUUUUUUUUUUUAAUCCACAUAUUUGUUUGCCUAGAUGAAAAUCCUGAACGCCUUAAUUCAAGAUGGAAAGAGAUCAGUGCUUUUGGGGGCUGAGAUGUUUAUGCAUGUGAAUUGUCAAAUAGUGUUUUUUGUUUGGUUGGUUUUUUUCUAAUUUUAAACUGAAUAAACUGCACAGUGGAAACAGA